CCACUCUCAUCUCUUAUACAACUCGCUCUCCCCCUUCAAUAAUAAAUAAUAAAUAAUAAAUAUAAAUUAGAAAAAUAUGCCAGGAAUUGCAUUUGGUCGUUUCGAUGACUCCUUCAGCUUCGGCUCCAUCAAAUCCUACAUUGCUGAGUUCAUCUCCACCCUUCUCUUUGUCUUCGCCGGCGUCGGCUCCGCCAUAGCUUACGCCAAGUUGACGGCGGACGCCGCCCUAGAUCCACCGGGUCUGGUGGCUGUGGCUGUUUGCCAUGGCUUUGCACUCUUCGUAGCCGUCUCUAUCGCCGCCAACAUCUCCGGUGGCCACGUCAAUCCAGCUGUCACCUUCGGAUUGGCUGUUGGUGGUCAGAUCACCGUCCUAACUGGUAUCUUUUACUGGAUUGCCCAACUUCUUGGCUCCGUUGUCGCUUGCUUCCUUCUCAGCUUCGUCACCGGAGGACUGGCGGUGCCAAUUCAUGGAGUUGCUGCAGGCGUCGGAGCGAUCCAAGGAGUUGUGAUGGAGAUCAUAAUCACAUUUGCGUUGGUGUACACAGUUUACGCCACCGCAUGUGACCCCAAAAAGGGGGCUUUGGGCACCAUUGCCCCCAUGGCCAUCGGGUUCAUUGUUGGAGCCAAUAUUCUGGCUGCCGGACCCUUCUCCGGUGGAUCAAUGAACCCAGCUCGAUCUUUCGGACCCGCAGUUGCCAGCGGUGACUUUUCCGGCCACUGGAUCUACUGGGUCGGACCUCUCAUCGGGGGUGGGUUAGCCGGAAUCAUUUACCCCAAUGUGUUCAUGAGCCAUGAACAUGCCCCCCUUUCCGGCGACUAUUAACGUGUUGUCAUGACUCCGACCAGCUUGUGAGUGUAUGUAAUAAAAGGAGGAAAAGCAAUUUAUUUGUUUUUCUUUCUUUUUUUUGUGUUAUUUUUAUUU